GGCAUCGUCUCCCACUUGCGUUCUGAACAGAAGCCAGUUGGCUAAUUUCUAUUAGAAAUCUAGUACUUUCUACGCCUGCGAACACUUCCGCGGGUCCAGCUGAUAGUGCCGCCAACCCUUCCAUCACGGUGUUUCGGCACAGCACUGCUGUGAUUGGAUCGUCACCAUGCCGAUUUCACGCGCCGCUCUCUCUGCCGCUCUCCUGGCGUGCCUGUUUGCGCUUCUCGCUCUUUCCCCCGCAUCCGCGGCCGCUCAAAGCGCGUUCCUCGUGGCGAAAGCCAAGACGCUGCGCGCCGCCGCAGAUCAAGCGGCGGCGGACCUGAAAGUCGCUCAAGCGGACGCCGCCAAACACGCGGACGAGGUAGCCGCCGCCACUCAAGCAUUGAUCGACCUGCAGGGCCCGGAUCCGACGCUCGACAACCUCGUUUCAAGCGUCUCCGACGUAAAUGGUAGCCUCGCCGACGCGCAGUACGACCUCGACAUCGCGAAUAAGAUCCUCGUUCUGCGCGUCGCGGAUCUCGCGGCUUUCAAGGCGGACCCGUCGAAGCACCCGCAGAUCCCGGCGGCGCAGAAGGCGGUCAGCGACGCGAUUCGGCGCGCGAGCAUGACGUCCGCGCUGCUGCAAGAGUGGAAGGUCGUCGUGGCAGAGGCUGCGCAGACUGAGGCGGACGCGCAAAAGGCGGUGAAUGAAAACCCGUCGGAGCCGGCGACGCUAGCUGCACUCGCGGAAGCGCAGGACUUGCGGAAAUCCGUUGAGGAGGUGUUUCCGGAUAUGGUGGCGCAAGAUCAGCGCGCGCAGGCGCGGCUGGCCCGCACGCGGAAGGAAUUGAACGAUCUGGUUACGCUGGGUCCGCAGGGAGAGAGUGUUUUCCAAAUGGCGGUGGACGACGCGAAAGCCGCAGUUUCCGUCGCCCGCCAGGUGUACGACGACACGUUCGCGGCUGUCGUCGACGCGCAGCAAUCGAUUAGCGAUUACCAGACGAAGAAGGAAAAGGCGGUUGCUGACGCGAAGGCGAGUUUGGCGAAGGGAAAGCAGAGCCAGGCUAUCACUGACAAGAAGUUGACUCAGCUUACGGAUAAGCUCAAGGCUGCCCUGGUGCAAGCUGACAAUGCUGAGAAGGCUGCUGGAAUCAGCAAGGCCACCUAAACAGGCUUCGGUAAAAAGCUCGAUCAGUGUGGGUGUAUCAGUCUACACCCAUCCCAUUAAUUUCAUUCAUGCAUAGCGCUGAUGUCUGCACUUUUAUGUGUGAUGAUCACAUACGCAACAACGGCACAAGCACUGCUCUGCCUCGAGGUGUGGCUCUUCACCUUGGGAAAUAAGCGCAUUUGGGAUCACGGUAGCAUGUUUACUGUUGGUGAAUGAGCGGGUGGGGUCUAGGGAAGCCCUGUUUGUCCUUCUUUAUUU